UUAGUACACUGCAUAUUCAAAUGCACACAUUUCUUUCUCUUUUCAUUUUCCAACAAAUAACUCAAUUCUAUACAUGUAUAAUAACGAGCUACAGUUAGCAAAUAGUAUUUCAGUUAAUAAUACCAUACAAUUAUAUAUUGCACAAAGGCAAAAUAAACUGUAUCGAGUCUUCCCACUCAUAAAGAAUAAACUUACAAUUAAAGACCUACUGACUUGUGCUUUAUUGAACUCCAGUUUUUACGAAAUUGUUUCUAAUGACAUAUGGAAAGAGCCUAACUUUAGUAAAUUAGCUAAAAUUCAUAACUCCCUUUACAUUUUCAACAGACUUCUUUCACAAUUACAUUUAUUAAGAAAAGUAACAGCUUCACGAGUGAAAAAAAUUGAUUUAUCCAUUAUAGAAGAAAGUCUAUAUGAGAGCGUUAAUCCUCGCUUUUUUCAACUUUUUAUUGACUAUUGUUCAGAAGGUCUCCAGUCACUUAAUUUGUCAAAUGCAAACUAUUUAAAUAAGCGAUCAUUACCAUCAUCGAAUUGGACAUUACCUAAUUUAUUUUAUUUGAAUCUAUCCUACUGUUCAAACGUAGAUGAUGAUAUGUUAAUUAUCAUCUCUCGAGCAUGUCGACAACUAAACAAAGUAAAGCUAGAUGGACUGUUAAAACAUAAGGGACAAGGACUAGCAGCAAUGGCUACAGACUGUGAUCAACUAAAAUCCGUCUCCGUACAAUAUAAUACUUAUUUAGAAGACAAAGCAAUCGUAGCCUUGGCCAAGUUCAGACACAUUCGGCUUCUUGAACUGGACCUUACCGGCUGCAUAAAGCUAACAUCUGUCGGGUUUAAUGCUUUGGCUCGUUUUGCAGCUCAUUUGAGAUAUUUAUCAUUAUCACAAACGUCAUGUGAUUUAAAUCAAUUGAGCCAAUUUUCUUGUCUUAACCAUUAUCGACGGACAGUUCAAUCACUGAAUGUCUCUAAACUUAAAUAUUGCUCACAUAAUAAUUUGUCAGCUUGGAUAUGGCACAUUUGUCGUUCAGCUACUCUGUCGUCAUCCUUAGUAGAUCUGACAAUGGAUAUGGCAACUGCUAUAGCUCUUGUUAUAAACACUACUGUUACAGAUAAUAGUCUGCCUACAGUGACGCAUCUGACAUUGAUUGAUUUACCUGAAAAGACGCAAAUAAAUUACCUAUACAAGAUUUUAAACCUCUUUCCUCAUGUAAUACACAUUAGUUUUAUUCGCUCAAAUUUCGAGGCAACUUACUCAUUAUUUGAAGCGCAUAUGAAUGACAUGGAUUCCUUGAAUAAAGAAUAUAUAACGGAUGAUACAUUGCAUCGAUUCAACUUGAAACAGAACAAAGUACUGGCUAAUAUUAUUUAUGGGAAAGGAGAUAGUAAUCUCUUACAAUGGUGAAUUAUCUAUUAUUUCCGCUCUCUUUUUAUUAAUAAAAUAAAUUUCCUAUAGUCUUGAUUGCAUUUUUUUUUUCUUUUUUUCUUUCUUUUUUUUCUUUCUUUUU